CAAAUCCGGUCUCGGAAUCUCAUCAUUCGUUGCACAGCCUGUUAAAGUAAUCCAAAUUCGAAUAAUUACAUGCAAAUAGGGAGUUCUCGAUGUGCUAACAUGCUGUGAGGUCGGUGUGAGUAGGCGGGCCGCUCCUACAGUAUAAAUGUGUAUCAGUGUAUCAACUUUCCCAACGCUAAAGAUACAUCUGGAAAUCAAAACCAGAGUCUCCCCAGACUAAAUAGAAGUAUUGAUUCGCUUUGCUUACAUCUUACUCCUUUCUCAGAGUAGAGAGCAGGUGAAGCGAGGUGACAGACUGAACUAAAAAAGCUCGCGAGAUAGCGGGGAAAAAAGAAGAAAAAGAAGGGUUUGCAGCAGAACUCCACUUCAUCUAUCCAAAAUGAGUACUAUGAAGUUUUGUCGUGAGUGCAACAACAUUCUCUACCCAAAGGAAGACAAGGAGCAGAAGAUUCUCCUCUACGCCUGUCGAAACUGCGAUCAUCAGGAAGUUGCUGAUAACAACUGUGUCUACAGAAACGAGAUACAUCAUUCUGUUGGUGAGCGCACUCAGGUAUUGCAGGAUGUAGCUGCGGAUCCAACUCUUCCUCGUACAAAAUCUGUUCGAUGUGCACAAUGUAAUCAUGGGGAAGCUGUUUUCUUCCAGGCUACAUCUAGAGGUGAGGAAGGUAUGACACUGUUUUUUGUUUGCUGCAACCCUAACUGUGGCCAUCGCUGGAGAGAUUGAUUUAUGCAUGAACAAGUGGCAUUGGAGGGCUCAAGUAGGCAGUCAUUUUGUAUUUGUAUCAGUUCGGCAUUUUGUUCUUCACAACUGAUUCAAACCGAAAAUAGUUCUAAGUUUUCACGGUACCAUCUGUGAAAUGUCAGUUCAUACGGCGUUGUGUAUGGAUAAGCCCUGUCUGUGGUAAAGAAUUUGUAACUGACAUUUCGUCCUUGUGACCGAUUAUAACUAAAGAGUCUUAAGCUUUGACGAUCACGAUACUGUAUGUGAAAUAUCAGUUCAUUCAUAUUUUGUUGCUUAGUGGUUGAAUUUUAUUUCAGUUUUUCAGAUA